UAUAAGCACGUCAGUCGGUGCGAGCUUACUCAUUCGCCAACGUUUACCAUGACUGCAAAAGUUAUUCUGUUGGGACUUGUGAUCAUCUGUCUGGCUGCAGACAUAAAGGCGUCAGGACCCCUGAGAAAGCCAUCGUGUCCUAACACAGGUCCCCAUUUGGCAUGUCCCAUGAACCUCGCCCCUGUGUGUGGCAGUGAUGGAAACACAUACGCCAACGAGUGUACCCUUUGUGUCCAAAGACUCACUACAAAGAUGGACAUUUUGGUUGCCAAGGAAGAAAGCUGCUGAACUUUGCAGUUGCCAAGCAAGAUGGAUAUUAACAGUGAAAAUGUUUUAAAUUAUUCUAAUCAUCAAAUAUACCAUUGAUAACCAUCAAAAGUUAAUGACCCUUUGUGCUACUGAUGAGUAAAAAAUAAAGAGGGUGAACAAUCA